AUGAAUUCUUCAACAAUCUGUUCCGUGUUUCUUGGUUUGAUCCUAAUUUCUCAAUACCCUUUCGCUGCAAAUGCAAGAUCUCAUAGAUUAUCACACGGAAGCCUAAUUUCCGUCGUUUGCAGCACUUCAACCGAUAAGGCAGAGUGCAACAACAUCCUCGGAUCAAUUCCUCAAGCCGCACAAGUGAAAAACUACCGUGAACUCGCAAAGGUUGUUCUCGAAAUGGCCAUCGGCAAAGCCUCGGAAGGACAAACUUUUCUUAAAGGAUUAGCAGCAGCAACCAAGAGUCCAGCAUUUACACGGUGUGCAAAUUUUGAUUAUGAUGGUGUUGUUAUGUCUUUUAAAAGCUCUCUUGGCGAGUUGAAGAAAGAUCCUCAAACUGCUAAUUAUGAUGCUAAGGUUGCUAGUGAUGGAACUGCUCAAUGUGAUAGAGGAAUGGCUGCAGAACAUAUUGUUAAUCCUCAAGUUACUGCUCUUAACCGUCAAAUUGCUUUUUAUAGUGAAUUGGCAUUCCUAGUCACUAACUACCUUUGA